AGGUGUUAUGUAUGUACAUUGUACGGUGUGUCCGAUACUCCGAUAUGUUAUCUGUAACGAUAAAUAUAUAUAUAUACAACAUUAUGUGAUUAUUAUGUGUGUCCGCCGUCGUGCGUAAUGAUAAAUAAAGCAGUCGUACUUUGUCAAUGCUCGUGUGUGUACCUUCGCCUAUCUUAUAUAUAAAAUACGUAACAUUUGGCGACGAAGAUGAAAAUUCGGUGAAAAUAUUAUUUAAUUUUCUUGUUGUGAUUAUAAUGUCGAAUAUUUCGCAAUACAUACCGGGUUCGGAAUCAUUCAGUAAUUAUUUAGAUCGAUUAAACGCGCAGUUGACCGUUUUAAAAGUUAAAGAGGCUGAUAAAAAGUCCUAUUUAAUCGCAUACAUUGGUUCGGAAGCAUAUAGUCAAUUAAAAGAUGCUUGUUUGCCGGAGGAACCACAAUUAAAGUCAUACGACGAGUUAGUGUCCAAAUUGGAAGAAAUAUAUUCACCACGUCGUCUUGUAGUGAGUGAAAGAUUUAUUUUUAACCAACGUACACAGAACCAGGGUGAGUCAACUCGGGAGUACAUAACAGCAUUAAAAAAAUUAUCAAGUUUUUGUGUAUUUGGUUCGUUUUUAAACGAUGCACUGCGAGAUCGGCUUAUUGUAGGGAUAAGUGAUGAAUCGUGUCAACGAAAAUUACUUGGUAUAGAGUCCCUAACGUUUGAAGAAGCAUGUAAAAUUGCUUUGGAUUCGGAGUUGGUUUGUAAUCAAACACAACAAAUGAACAAUAAAUCACAAGUAAAUUUUAUCAAUAAUGGGAAAAAUGUGUCUCGUCAAACACAUUCGUCAUCGAAGUCGGAACUCAAGUGGAACGGAAAUUCUGGUGGAAAAUCGUGGUCUGGGAAGUCGUCAAAACCUGGUCAAAAAAAUGGUCAGUCAAUUCAGCACGGCAGUCAAAGUUCACGAAGUCUUAAGUUUGGUCAAUGCUAUAGAUGUGGAAGGAAGCACGAUGUCCGUACGUGUCCAGCCAGAGAGUGGGAAUGUUUUUCAUGUAAAUUAAAAGGUCAUACGUCGAAAAUGUGUAAGACAAAAAUUAAAAAUAAUUUAGAGUCUAUUGAUUUAGUAAAUAAUGUGUCUCAGAAUAGUGGGGGAAAUCCACUUGUGAUUAAAAUCAAAGUUAAUAAUAAGCUUAUUCCGUUUGAAGUAGAUAGUGGAGCGUCGGUUUCAGUUAUGCCGAUUAAAUAUUUUAAUAUGUAUUUUAAUAAUUCAUGUAAAUUAGAAAAAAAACAUAUUCAAUUAAGUUCUGUAAAUUGUGAACCAGUCAAGGUUUUAGGUCAAACACUUGUAAAUGUCGAGAUGUCAAAUCAAAAAAAUAUUAAACUAUAUUUAAUUAUAACGGAAAACUCUGUAAAAAAAGUUUUAGUAGGUCGAUCUUGGUUAGAUAAGUUAUAUUCAAACUGGAGAUCGAAUAUGUGUCUAAAUUGUAUAAGUAGUAAUGUAGAUUGCAAAAUCGGGAAAAAUAUUAUGAAUUCUGUAAAUAAUAAUAAUUGCGUUUUAAGUGAAAUAGAUGUAAUUAACAAUAUUAAACUCAAGUUUCCCGGGGUGGUUAAAUUAAAUGAUAAACCAGCUGAUUAUAUAAAAGACCAUGAGGUCAAUUUAUCUUUAAAAGAAAAUAGCGUACCAGUUUUCCAUAGAGCAUAUCAAGUACCAUAUGCACUAAAGUCUGCUGUAGAAAUUGAGUUAAAUAGAUUAGAAGUUGAAGGAGUUAUAAGUAAGGUUUCAAUUAGUGACUGGGCAUCGCCUAUUGUAGUAGUACCAAAAAAAAAUAAUAAAAUUAGAAUAUGUGUAGAUUUAAAAACUACCUUAAAUCCAAAAUUACAAAUUGAACAACACCCAUUACCAAGAGUCGAUGAUGUGUUUAAUGAGUUAUCCGGGGGAAGUGUAUUCACUGUUUUGGAUUUAGCAGAAGCGUAUUUACAAUUACAGGUUGCACCUGAAAGUCGUAAGUUUCUUACAAUUAAUACUCAUAAAGGGUUGUACUGUUUUAAUCGUUUAUGUUAUGGGGUAGCGUCAGCGCCAAGUAUAUUUCAGUCAGUCAUGGAAAAUAUUUUACGAGGUGUUUCUAAAGUACAAGUAUAUUUAGAUGACAUAAUAAUCUGCGGCUCGUCAAGGUCAGAGUGUGAAGAAAAUGUUAAUGCGGUGUUAGAACGUUUAAAUGAGUAUAGAGUUAAAGUAAAUUUUGAGAAAUGUCAGUUUUAUUGUUCAAGUGUACAAUUUCUAGGUCAUAAAAUAGAUUGUCAAGGCGUACAUCCCGAUGGAAAUAAAAUGGAUGCGAUAAGAAACGCACCGUGCCCUAAUGAUGUAGUACAAUUAAAAUCAUUUCUCGGUCUCAUAAACUAUUAUCAACGUUUUAUUCCAAUGUCGUCAUCUAUAUUAGCUCCCUUGUACAAUUUAACAAAAAAUAAAAUACCUUGGAAUUGGUCUGACGAAUGUCGAUCAGCGUUUGAAAAUAUAAAACAGGUAUUAAUAAAAAGUCAAUUAUUAGUCACGUAUAAUCCAGAUUUACCUCUAGUAGUUACGUGUGACAGUUCUAGCUAUGGUGUCGGUGCAGUUCUUAGUCAUUUGAUAGAUGGGGAGGAGAAGCCAAUUUUAUUCGCGUCUAGCACCUUAUCAGCGGCAGAAAAAAAUUAUGCACAAAUUGAGCGUGAAGGGUUAGCAAUAAUCUUCGCAGUAAAAAAAUUCCAUAAAUACUUGUUUGCACGCAAAUUUAUUUUAGUAACUGAUCAUUUGCCGUUAAAAUCAAUUUUUAAUCCGUCAAAGAAUAUACCUGUUGUAGCUUCAUCUAGAUUACAAAGAUGGGCAGUUAUAUUGUCUAGUUAUCAGUACGAGAUUCAACAUAGGAAGGGGGUAGACAUAAGUAACGCAGACGCGUUAUCAAGAUUACCUCAAAGUAGUAAUACUGGGGAAAAUGCUUGUUCAAUUUUAUUAUUAGAAAAUUUACCUUUAACGUAUAAGGAAGUGAGCAAAAAAACGAGUACAGACGAAGUAUUAAAAGAAAUAAGUCAGUAUACGAAAGAAGGUUGGCCGGGGGUAAAGUCGUUAAAAUCAGAUUGCCAACAAUAUUAUAAAAGACGGGAAGAAUUAUCGUUAGUAAAUGACUGUUUGAUAUUAGGUAAUCGCGUAGUAAUUCCAAAGUCAUUAAGAGAAGACGUAUUAAUGUUAUUACAUAAAAACCAUCCGGGUAUUGUUCGUUCGAAAAUGCUCGCAAGGUCGUAUGUAUGGUGGCCUAAUAUCGAUAUUGAUAUAGAUAAGUUUAUUAAGACGUGUACGGAAUGCCAAUGUAAUCAAAACGAUAAGAAUGUUAGUGAGAAAGUGUAUAUUCCGUGGGAAAAUCCAUCAGAUUCUUGGAAAAGAAUACACAUCGAUUUUCUAGAAAUAAAUCAAGUUAAAUUAUUAAUCAUUGUUGACAGUUUUAGCAAAUGGAUUGAGUGUUUUGCAAUGGGAAGUACAACGGCUUCAAAAGUAAUCGAAGUUUUAGAAAAUUGUUUUUGUCGUUUUGGUUCCCCAGAGAUAAUGGUAACCGAUAAUGGUCCACCUUUUGGCGCAAAUGAAUUUAAAGCAUAUUGUGAGAAAAAUUGUAUAAAACUAGUACAUUCGCCGCCAUACAAUCCAGAGUCUAAUGGGUUGGCAGAGCGAGGAGUGCAAACGAUAAAAAAAUUAUUAAUAAAGAGUUUGUGUGUAGAGAGAGAUGUAAAAAGAAUACAAUCAAAAAUUAAUAAUAUUUUAGUAUCAUAUCGUAACACACCAACAACAAGCACAGGUUGUAGUCCGUCAGAUUUAAUAUAUAAUUUUAAACCAAAAAAUCAUUUGUCCAUAUUAAAACCACCAAAUAUUGUAGAAAAGAAUAAAAAUAUUAAUGUUACUAAGUACGAAAUAAAUGAUAAAGUUCUUGUUCGAAAUAAUUCAAAAGGGCAGAAAUGGUUAACUGGACGUAUAAUGAAAAUGUUGGGAACGUGCAGUUAUUUAGUCCGGGUUGGUGAUAAAAUCAGAUUAAUGCAUGUAAACAAACUGAAAAAGAGUUAUUUAAAUGAUGAGGUACAUCCAAGGGAACUUGAAUAAUAAUAAAAAUAAAAAAAAAAAAAAAAAAUAUAUUGUUUAUCUAUUUAAAUUUUUAAGUUAUAUUUAUUAUGUAUUGUGUAAAAUUGUAAAUGUUAAAUCAUUAUUAUUAUUUUCUAAAUUGUAUGAAUUUUGUAUAAGUUAAUUUAUUGUACUAAAAUUAUAUAGAAGGGAAAGAUGUUAUGUAUGUACAUUGUACGGUGUGUCCGAUACUCCGAUAUGUUAUCUGUAACGAUAAAUAUAUAUAUAUACAACAUUAUGUGAUUAUUAUGUGUGUCCGCCGUCGUGCGUAAUGAUAAAUAAAGCAGUCGUACUUUGUCAA